AUGAGCGGUUAUUACGAUAACAGAGGCGGAAGUAGACGAGGCGGAAGAGACGGAGGGAGUAGAGGUGGUUACCAAAAGCGUAAUUUCUAUAGGGAUGAUCACGUCGAACCUCAAAGAGAUACUCGCUGGGAGAAGCUUGAAUCUCGCAUAAAGAACCUCGCAGAAGAUGAUGGAUUUGAAAUAGAAUCUGAUCUACCAAGAUUAGCUAGAGCUAUUCAAGCCGCGUUUGAAUACUACGAAGAUGUGAUCCCAGAUACAAUUUACAAGUUUUUUACACAACAACCCCACAAAUCUCAGUUAUAUGCAUCGCUGGUCUUACUUUUGUCUAUUUCAUUUGACAACCAAGAUAAUCAAGACGCUGGAAUUGUUGGUCAGAAAGUACUCGACCACUGUUUGAUUAGAUGGAAGGAUGCCUUGGAAAGUAGAAGAUGGAUGGAAAUGAGAAUUGGCACUAACUUCUUUGCCAACUUGGUUCCUGCUCUUAUUUCACCUGAAUCGUUCUAUGAGACUAUUAACACGUUCGUCAAAGUGCUAGAGGAGCCAGGCGUAUCAUCGCUUCGAGCCGAAAGAGCGAUUGAGUGUGCAUCCGAAGCACUUAUAUACGCUAGCAGCUUCCUCACAACUCAAUCAAAAGAAAGAUACGAAGGUUUCGUAAACAGAAUAGAGCAGUAUGUUCAAAAUGAAGAGAUAAAUGACACGAGACUGUUGCUCUACCCAUGGGUCAAUCUACCAAAAAAUAACAGCAGGAACAAGGUUGACAAUUGUGUCGAUCCAAUUCAAAUUUAUAUCAAGACUUUACGUUCUCUUUCCGAGUCAGAAUUUAAAGAUCCUAAGCUACCUUUGUUUGAUAUAGAAGAGGUUUUACCAACUGUCCGAGAAGUUGAUCCUGCAUUACGCACAGAAUUACCCAGCUUGUUGGUACCAGCUGACGAUUAUAAUACUACCUCAAGGCCCAACAGUGAACUUUCUAGAUGGAAGUUACAUAUUAUCGAAGAUGACACAGUCCCUUCACCUGACUCUGGAGAUGGCGUCAUUGUUUACUCCGUCCUCAGAGAUAUGAUUACGCUAUACAAUAGAAAUAGGAUCGACUGCGCAAAAAUAUUGAUGGACGUGCCUACAUUCUUUCAAGGUAAUCUUUUCAAUGUUGAUGGGUAUAGUUUGGAGUCUACCCUUGUUUCAACAAUUUUGAGCGAGUUACUCACCCUUCCUGAGCCCAAACAUCCCAAACUUUAUUACUCUAGUCUUAUUACUGAGCUAUGUAAGCUAAGUCCAAAGACCGUUGCUCCAGCUCUUGGUAGAUCCAUACGCAAAAUAUAUGGCUUCAUCGGUGAGGGCUUGGAUGUAGAGAUCAUAAUGCGAUUCAGCGAGUGGUUUGCAACUCAUCUGUCCAACUUUGGCUUCAAUUGGGUGUGGAAAGAAUGGAUACCUGAUUUAGACUUACCUGACAAUCAUCCAAAGAGGAUGUUUAUCAAAAGGGUGAUUGAAUUGGAGAUUCGUUUGAGCUAUUUCGAUAGGAUUAAUCAAACACUUCCCGAGGCACUCCUCAACAAGGCUGGUAUGGUGGUAUCUCCAAUGCCAAACUUCAUCUACGCGAACGAAGAGCAUCCAUAUAAUGCAACAACAACGAGUGUUAUGGAUUCAAUGAGAAACAAGAUAACGUCAGAUGCCAUGAUAAAGAAUAUCGUCAAAAUCGAAGAAGAUUUGAAAGAGAAUCCAUCAUUACCACAAAGCGGAAACUCUGCUAAGAAGGUUGCUAGAGAUAUAGCCACGCAGUGUUUAUUAAAUGUUGGCUCGAGAUCUUUCUCUCACUUUCUCAAUGUGAUUGAGAAGUACAUUGAAGUCAUAAAAUAUCUCACUGCUGAUAAAGAUUCCCGUAUCGAUUUGCUGAGAUCUGUUGGUAGGUUUUGGGUAAGAAACAGUCAAAUGAAGAAGAUAAUAGUGGACAAAUUGCUUCAAUACAGACUGAUUGAACCAACUGAUGUUGUUCAAUGGUUAUUCAAUCCAAACGAUCCAGAAUUCCCUUCGGAAGUUGAUGACACCGUGUAUCAAAUAGGAUGGUCAGAUUUAAACUUUGGAGAUUUAUUAAAAACCGCUCUCAACAAGGUCAACACCAGAGUAAAUCAACAAUAUCAAAAGUUAGUUGAAACGAAGAAAAAUGAUGAGGAAGUCGCAUCGAUUGCUAAAGCGCGUAACAUGGAGAUAGACAAUGAAGAUGAGACUACUAAGGAAGAAGAAAGAAGAGAUUACUCACAGCUGCAAUUAACGUUUGACAAUCUCAACAGAGAGCAAAGAGAAUGUUUCGUCUUGCUUGUUCAAGCAUUUGUUGAAGCGUUAGAAGGUGUCGACAGUAUUUCUGACAAGAGUAUAGAAGAGUAUACAGAUCAAGAUUGGGACAAGUGGUUAUCUUGGUCAUGGUACCAAGCUUUCUUGAGAGAAUAUUGGCCAUCUAUCUCCGAAACUGUGGAGACCAUUCAGGUACUAUCGUUCAAUUCUCUAACAGACAAAGAAAACGACCCUCGCUGGCAAUUGUGGAAAUCUGCCCUUGCCUUGUCGAACAGAUGCAAUUGA